AUGUCGUGUGAUUAUUAUUUUAUGCAAUGGAAAGAAACCCUAAGGAAUUUGGAGAGUUUAGUUCUACUUGAUCAUGAAUAUCAGAUAACCAAAGCCAAAGACAAGAAACUGUGUGAUGCUGUCAUACGGUUAUGUGGUAUGCUCGGAGAAUACAUAGUGAUCUACAACGAAGCGCUGGAUUGCUUGCAGCACAAUCUGCAGGUCCAGAAGACACCGUACCUGCUUGAAAUUGUGAGAGCUGUUAUUAACAGAAUCCUAGAACUGAAACAUGAGCUAAAGAAAGUGGAAUGUACCAACGUACAGUUCCUAAAUCAUGGGUUAGCCAAUCACAAGUUGACCACACAUAACGUCGAGCUAGACGAUGUCCUGACUCAUAUGGAACGACCGGAUAUUGUGAAAACAACUAUCGCUGAAGCUUUUGUAAACGCUGAAAAGAAAAGGGAGGAGCUGAGGACAGCUGAGGAAGAAGAAGAGACAGAGGAUAUUCAGCAAGGACCAGCCCAUAACUGGUGGGAUGAAGAUGAGCUUGAAGAAGAACUUGGUGAAAAAUUCGAUGAAGAGCCUGAGACAGAAGAAAUGAUAAAAACCAGGCUAAUGGCUUCAUUGAUUCAAGCACACGAGAGAUCUAGACAAGUAAUUCGUCAAAUAACACAUAACAAACAAAAGAGAGAGUUAUGGGAAAAGGACUUAACAGGAACACUGAACCCACCAGCCCGCUUGGAAAUACGUGAACGAGCUGCUAAAAUAAUACAAACAGUUUGCAGAGCUUAUUUCGAAAUCAAAAGGAAAAAGAAACUUGAAUGCAAACAAGACGAAUUAUUGGACAUUAGAUUAUGUGGAAAAGCAAAUGAAGCCUAUAUGAACAAAACUAUAGAGGUAUCUAUAAUACAUGAAACGAAAAAGAGGAAAAAAUUUGAGAAACAAUGGCAAGUAUCACGUGAGAAACUCAAACAAGAUUUCAUAAAUCGUAGAGGAGAUGAUCUUGCGGAAGAUUAUCGUGAUUUGGUUCGAGAAUGGCUAAGAAAAUGGUUCGAUGAUAUCCAAUAUUUUUACGAUAUACCCAAUGACGACGAGGGUGGAUCGAUAUUAAUCAUGAAAGAAGAAACUCCGGAGCCCACAGAAUGGUGGGAAUCGUACAAAACCUAUUUAGAAGAAAAAAAAGCUAACAAAAACAAAUCUUCUUAUCAGCUAAAACAAGCAAAAUUACAAGAAAAGCAAGAAGAGAUGAUGAGAAAAAGAGAAGAACUAAUGAAAAAAAAGAUUGAAGCAGAACUGAUGGCAAAGAUUAUGAAAAAUCCGACUAUGCAUCCAGGAUUCACCUAUCCCGAGUCCAAGAAAACUGAACACAUAUUAGAGGUGAUUGAACAGUAUCGCAGCAAUUGGGAUGAAUUAGAUAAAUCAGAAGCGUUAGAAGUUAAAAAGUUGUUUGUGAUCGAUGUUGAUAAAAAUAACGUAUACGCAGACGUAAAACUGGGUAUUAUGCGGACUGUUGAUGAAGAUAUGAGACAGGAGUUGAAGGUGUUGAAGAAAGCGCUGAAAAAAGACUAUGAAAACAAUGGCGAAAAAUUCCCAGAGCCGAUGAAGAAAGCCAAAAAGCGACAGAAAAAGAAAAAUAAAGUUAAAGCGAAAAUGAGCGAGAGCAUCGCUGAGAAAAUGGAAGACUUGGCUUUCAAAGGAAUUCUGAAAGAAUAUCCUCCUACACAACUUGGUGAUUUUCUAGGAGAUCACAACUAUGUUGGGGAUGAUCAGCGAUUUAACUUGGAACGAGCCCUUCAAUUUUGCGGCGAAGCAAGAAGCAUUUGGUGGGAGAGGUGCCGAGAAGUCACACACGGCUUCCACAAAGUACUUCUUGUAGGACCCAGGCAUAGCGGAAAGACUUUGCUAGUGCAUAUUUUAGCUACAAUAACAGAUGCCAUAUUGUUUGAGCUGGACCUUUCAAAUAUCCAUAGCUUAUCGCUAACUUCGGCUGAGUUGGGACGACUGAUGAGUUCAAUUAUAACAUGCACAAGAGUAGCGCAGCCGUCUGUAAUUUACAUUAAGCACAUUCAUCGGUUGUUCUAUAGAAAAGUACCACAAGAAGAUUCUAAUAUGAAAUUAGACGUGAUGAAGCGUUUGAUAACCAAGAAAUUGUUGAAGAGGAUUAAUAAAAGUGACAAAAUAACAGUCGUGGCCAGCUGUGUGGACCCGUGGCUCACGAAGAGUGGCCCUCUUCUGAAGCUGUUCCCAGUGGCUGUCUUGAUCCCGGAUACUUCGUACUCUGCUGUCUUCAGACUCUUGCAACGAUGGAUGAAUGACAACCAAUCAGUUCCUCGAGACCUGGAUAUCCAUAGCCUAGCCUACGUUCUGCGAGGAUACAGCUAUGGACAACUUAAAGAGGGUCUAGAGAGCUUCUUGACUCCUGAACAAAUCAUCAAAAUUGCCGCUCGUGGACUUUUCCCUAUGGAGAUUUACAAUUUCUUUUUAGAAGACGAAACUAAAAUUAAAGUAGACUACGAAAAGUAUCUGAAAUGGUACUCAGAGAAAACGCAAUGGGGCAAGAAAGAGACUAAGCACGUAGAAGAACAACGCGAGUUCAAACUGGCGGCGGAUAUGUAUGCGCAGAGAGCAGAGAAGAAAAAGAAGGAGGCAAAUGUCAGAACCAAAGACGAAGAAACCCUGGAAGAAACUGAUGAAUCUGAUGAUGAUGAGUAAAGACGAGAGAUUAAAA